AACUUGAUCUACGGAAGUACGGUCGUGAUGGCGGCGCGCGGCAGGGAAGACCACAACAACGAGCCCGGCAGGUUGGAGUUUGCUCUGGAUGUCCCUUUCCCGUCCUCUCGUGAAGCGUCUGUAGCUCUCCAGUCUCUCUCGCCGGACAGAGAGCCGCGCAGAGGCGGUAUAAGCAAACAUCUUGAACUGACCGGCAGCACGCUCUCCGUCAGAUGGAGUGCAGAUGAGGCUCGAGUUCUACGUGUGUCUGUACGGUCAUUUCUGGAUCAUCUAUCACUGGUUGUCGAAACCAUGGAGAUGUUUGGACCCCUCCUCUGAUGAUGAUGUAGGAUCCUGUUUCACUGUCAGUCAUUGAGCAGCAGGCGGGGAGACACCCUGGACAGGUGGCUGGGCCAUUACAGUGCCGACACACAAACACACACUUUGGGACAAUUUAGUACGGCCGAUCCACCUGACCUGCAUAUCUGGACUGGGUGGAAACCGGAGCACCCGGAGGAAACCCGCACAGACACGAGGAGAACAAUCAAACUCCACACAGAGGACGACCCCCAAGGUUGCACUACCCCGGGGCUAGAACCCAGGACCUUCUUGCUGUGAGGCGACCGCGCUAACCACUGCUUAGUAAUUAUACCAAAGCGUAAUAAUUUUAUUACCAUUCAGUUAUAAACUGAGCAGUGUAACAAUUCAUUUAUUUAACAAGAUGGUGGAAAUUAACAUAUUCACAACGACACUGAAAAUAAUUAAUAAAACAAUG